AUGCGGGAUGUCAACCAGUCUGCCGUGACUGAAUUCAUUCUAUUGGGCUUCGCCCCCAACGCCAGGAUCAGUCCUCUGCUCUUCACCUUCUUUCUAGUCUUUUACCUGUUGAUCCUCGUGAGCAACAGUCUCCUCGUCACCCUCAUCCACCAGGACUCGUGCCUCCACACACCCAUGUACUUCUUCAUCAGUGUCCUCUCCAUGCUGGAUGUGUGCUACACCACCACUACUGUGCCCCAGAUGCUCGUGCAUCUUCUCAGCAAGAAGAGGGCCAUCUCUUUUGCUAGAUGUGCGGCCCAGAUGUACAUCUUCCUCCUCUUUGGGGUCACUGAGUCCUGGCUUUUCUCUAUCAUGUCUGUGGACAGGUACAUGGCCAUCUGCCAGCCUCUUCGGUACAAGGUCAUCAUGAGCCAUUGGGUGUGCCUCGCGCUGGUGGGCAUCUGCGUGGCCUAUGGUGUGGUGGGUGGCCUGUGCUAUACCUUCUUUGCUAUGCGCCUGCCCUACUGUGGCCCUAAUGAAAUUGACCACUACUUCUGUGAGGUUCCUGCUGUCCUGAAGCUAGCCUGUGCAGACACAUCCCUCAAUGACUUGGUGGACUUCAUCACAGGAUUCAAUGUCAUUGUGGUCCCACUCUCCCUAGUUAUCAUUGUCUAUGCCAACAUUUUUGCUGCAAUCAUGAAGAUCCGCUCAGCCCAGGGGCGGAUCAAGGCCUUCUCCACCUGUGCCUCCCACAUCACUGUGGUCACCAUGUUCGCCAUUCCAUGCAUCAUCAUGUACAUGAGCCCAGGCUCGGACUCCUUGUCAAACAGUGGCAAGAAAAUGGCCCUUUUCUAUAAUAUUGCCACAGCCUUUCUCAACCCUGUCAUCUACAGUCUGAGGAACAAGGACGUGAAAAAGGCUUUCCUCAAAUUGAUGGGAUGGGGCAGGGCCCCAGAAUGA